GGUGUUUCGUCACGCCGUGCGUCUAGGCUAAGCGGCGCGGUCGCGGGAGCCUGGGGGUCCCGGUGGCGGUCGCCAUGGUUUCGCACGUGCAGCUCCCGCCCGAGAUCCAGCUGGCGCAGCGCCUGGCGGGGAACGAGCAGGUGACCCGGGACCGGGCGGUGAAGAAGCUCCGGAAAUACAUCGUCGCCAGGACUCAGCGGGCCUCAGGUGGUUUCACUCAUGAUGAGCUGCUGAAGGUGUGGAAGGGACUGUUUUACUGCAUGUGGAUGCAGGACAAGCCUCUCCUCCAGGAGGAACUAGGAAGGACCAUUUCCCAGCUCAUCCAUGCUUUUCAGAGUGCAGAGGCACAGCACCUGUUCCUUCGGACGUUCUGGCAAACCAUUAAUCGUGAGUGGACGGGCAUAGACAGACUGCGCCUGGACAAGUACUACCUGCUCAUGCGGAUGGUCCUGAAUGAGUCCUUGACGGCCCUGAAAAUGCGAGGAUGGGAAGAGAGACAGACUGAGCAGCUGCUGGAGCUGCUGACGACUGAGAUCCUGCACCCUGACAGCCAGGCUCCCAAUGGGGUGAAGAGCCACUUCCUGGAGAUCUUCCUGGAGGAGCUGACCAAAGUGGGCGCCGAUGAGCUGACGGCCGAGCAGAACCUGAGGUUCAUUGACCCCUUCUGCAGAAUCGCUGCCCGGACUGAGGAACCUCUGGUUUUGCAUAACAUCACUCGAGGCAUCUUCGAAACGAUCGUGGAACAGGCCCCGUUUGCCAUCGAAGACCUGAUGAAGGAAUUGGAGGAAGAGGAAGAUGAUGAGAUGUCAGAGGGCAACGAGGAGAUGUCGGCAGGCAAGGAGCGGGAGCGGGGACAGGAUGUGCCAUCCAAGAAGCCGUGGAAAGGCUCCAUCCAUGGGGCUGAACCUGAUGUGGACGAGGAGCAGGGAGAAGAUGACAAGGACAGCACUGGCCCUGUCCUCCAGUUUGACUAUGAGGCCGUUGCCAACAGACUGUUCGAAGUGGCCAGUCACCAGAGCACCCCUUCUCAGAACAGGAAGCGUCUCUACAAGGUGAUCCGGAAGUUGCAGCACCUGGCAGAAGGCUUCUUCCCUGAGGAUGAGGUCCCGGAAAAAGCCUACAGGAGUCUGCAGGGAGGGAGGCGGGAGAGAAAGGCCAAGAAGCGUUUGCCCAAGUCCAGGUUGCAGAACAAGACAGGGAAAGGUGGAAAGGAGGACCCGCCACCAGGCCUGAGCCCGGGAUCUGAGAGGAUGAGGCGGCGACGGGGCGUGGGGCCCAACCCCACUGCACACCAGGAGCAGCCUGGGGACCGUGGCAGGAGAGGGGCUCCCAGGAAGAAGCGGCGGCCCCAGGGAGGGGCCAGAGCGAAGGUGGCCAGCGGCCAGGAGCCAAAGACGCAGCAGUAGCAGACCCGGGAGAGCGGGAAGUGACGCCGCCAGGGCGGGUGGGCAGGGGUGCUCUCCCCGUGCUCCCCUCUGGGGCCGCUGAGUUGAAGCAGGGACACGGGCACUGGGCCAUGUUCCCGAGACUGACGUGACUGCUCCCUGGCUCACUGUCGGGAAAGCGGCACUUAGUGCCCGUGUCCCAGAAACUGCUGCUGUGUGCUGACCUCGGCCAGGCCGGGACACCCCGAGACUUGACCUCUCCUGUCUACAGCCCUCCCUCGCAGAGGACUGGCCAUGCGCUCUGCGGGGCGUCCAAAAGCACAGCGCUACCCCCAUCUUACAGACGGAGUCCUGCCCCUGUGCAUUUGUGCGGGGAGCUUUCUGGUGGUGUGUAUUGACAGUGCCGGGUUCCCAAGUGGUGUUUCUACUUUAUACCAGUUUUUGUUGCAGAAAAUCUGUUUAUAUGUUUCUCAAACAAAAUCUGGAAGAAGCUA